AUGAAUGCGGUCAGUCAUUGCUGUGUGAAGGCCAACUUCAUUAAGGCCGCAAAGGAUCAUUGGGUCCCCUGUGAAGUUCGCUUGUUGACAGAUGAUACGGACACCUUUUUAUGCAUAAAAUCGCGCCCGUUGGGAUUUGGACAAACUGAGGAGGAUAUAAAGAGCAUCUUUUCAGGAGUCUCAGCUACUGGAACUAUUUCGAGCACAAGCAACCCCACACAGCUUUCGUCAGUGACUCCAGUUACUCGGGCUUUCACCGCGCUCUGUAACCUCUCCGAGUACAAGUCAUGCACUGUGGUGACAGUUUCAAUCAACGAUGUGGGCUACUUUGCUCUGAAGUUAGUUCCAGCGGGGAUUUUCGGAAAUAAACGACUUUACCUCGCAAUGUCAGGUGAGACAGAGGCCACUACUUGGAUGUCUAUGAUUAAAGCUAACCUGGGGAAGAGGAAAAAGGCGGCCAAAAAUCCGCUGACGCAGUCGCGAGACUCUCUGGUGGGUACGCUGCGCCCAUCGGACAGUCAGGAUACCCUUCGAGGCGAUUCCAGCGCAAACGUCAAUAAUCGAUACGAUCUUGACAUCGACACAAUUGAUAAUGAGGUUUAUGAGCCAUGUUCUGCACAGGACCUUAUACCAGCAAUAAUUCAACAGCGCGGAGAUUGGGAAAAGCUGCGUCUUUCGAAGAUGGAUUGCUUUCUCCGCCUCACUGAUGACCGUCUGGAGUUACUUGAUCACAAUGGCGAACGGGUCCUUCAUUGGUUCCCCUAUCUGCUCAUCCGGCGGCCCGAUCUGAAUAGUGAGUGGAUUUCAGUUGUAAUUUCACAUGUUUCUCGAUCGUGUAAUGUUCGCGACGCAAAAAACGCAGUUGGUGAGCAUUCACUGCUCUCGGGUGAUCAUACGGCGGGUUUAUUACUAUCAGUCGAGUCAGUCAGCCGCUGCUCCCUGAAUCGCACGUGCACGCCGCCUCGGCGGUGGUUCACGUGGGGCAGGCUGGCCAGUGCCGCUCACGCUGCCGAGAUGGUUCUCAUGCAGCCGACGCACCAAACUGACGAGACGGUUUCAUCGCCACGGUUCCUCUUGAUGUGA